AUGUCCAUCUCACCCAACCUGAUGAACAUGUCCGCCCCACCUACCUUGAUGAACAUGUCUAGCCCACCUACCCUAAUCGACAUGCCCAUCCCACCUAUUCUUAUGAACAUGUCCAGCCCACCUACCCUGAUGAGCAUGUCCAGCCCACCUACCCUUAUCAACAUGCCCAGCCCACCUUCCCUGAUGAACAUGUCCAUCCCACCUACCCCGAUGAACAUGCCCAUCGCACCUACCCUUAUCAACAUGCCCAUCCCACCUAUUCUUAUAAACAUGCCCAGCCCACCUUCCCUGAUGAGCAUGUCCAGCCCACCUACCCUUAUCGACAUGCCCAGCCCACCUUCCCUGAUGAACCUGCCACCCCACCUACCCUGA